UCUUGUGAAUCUCGUUGUAUAUUCAUUGUAUGUUUUCAUAACACACUAACACUAUGUUUUCAAGUAACUACACUUUACCCCCCAAGUAAGGUGAAGAAAAGUGCCUUCUCAGACAUAUGAUCAUGUAGGAGCAUGCAUGCGCACGCACACACACACACACACACACACACACACACAAAGAAGCUAUGAGCAACAGGCUAGAGCUUGCUUAAGGGCUACACACACCCCUUCCUCUCCUGCAAACAACAGACCAGUCCGUGCAGAGACGGAAGAGAAGAAACAGCACUGACAACACACACACACUCUCAAGAGAAGAAACAGCAUUGCCGACACACACACAGUCCCCAGAGAAGAUGGAAAACAAGGACACAGACGCAGCACUCUCUACAGCCAUGGAGGAGAAAUUAAAGCCUGGCAGCUUUGUCCUGGGUCCUCAGGACUUGACUGGGGGUCCAGUUGUCCAACCUUACCCACGGUCCCCCAAACUGCUCCGCAAGACUUCAACACCCCUCACCCCGGAGCACCUGUCUAAGCACCUGGAGGAGCUGAAGGCUGAGGAAGCCAGGGCAGAGGCUCACCUUCAAUCCCUAAAGAAACGGAGAAGCAACUUGACUAAAAGCGUGGAGGUGAUGAAGCAGAAGGUGAAGGAGCGCUUCGACGUGAUGCGGGCCGCCCUGCAGCGAGACGAGCAGGCCGUCCGCGACUCCCUGGAGCUGGACCGCCGGAAGACCAGCGCCAAGCUCAACGAGGUCCUGAGGGACUGGCAGCAGCACCUGAGCGCCGUCCAGAAGAACAUCAGCUACACGGGGAACGCGCUGGCGCAGCAGGACGGCGCGGUCAACUCCACGGACCUAAUAGAAGAACUGAGUUGCCAUAAGAAACCAGAUGCUGCUGAGGAGCAUAUAAGGCUGAAUGAGGAGAGGUUCCAGAACCUUCUCAGGAAACUCCAGCAAAUCUCCAGAGACCUGCAGGCUCAGUUACAGAGGAAGACUUUCCUGCUCGAUUCUUCAAAUGUAGUGAUUGGCAGGGAGACCAGCCAUUCACAGAUCACCAUCACAGGAGAAGGGCGGAGCCUGUGCAUUUCCAGUGAGGCCUGUGACCCUCAGCGCCAGUUGCACCCCCUGCAGUUUGACCAGGUGUACUGCGCCCUGGCUGCCUCAGCCAUAACCGCCGGUCAGCACUACUGGGAGGUGGACGUGCGCUGCUGCCCUGCCUGGGCUGUGGGUGUGGCCUAUGGCAGCCUGCACAGGAAAGGGCGGGACAAAGGCACCAAGCUGGGCCGCAACAGGAUGUCCUGGUGCGUUGAGCUCCGCGACGGGCGCCUCAGUGCCUGGCACAACGACCGGCACGUGGCCCCAACGGGCAUCCGCGGGCGCGACCAGCCCGCCACGGUGGGCGUGUAUGUGAACUACGAGAAGGGUCGCGUGGCGUUUUACGACGCGGGCGGUAUGGAGCUGCUACAGGAGUUCUCUGCCGCUCUAACACCUGUGUUCGACCGCAUGCACCACCAGUUCAUAGAUCCACUCUACCCCGCCGUGCGCUUCCUAAAACCACAGGAUGGACGUGGUGCUUGGUCCAGUCACAUGGAGAUCCCUGACCUCCAAAACUGACACACAUAGCAAAAUUACUUAAAAACAAAGUUGUUUUCUUUUUUUACCUUAAUACAACAGUUUAAACGUUUUCUUUUAAAAUAUGUAUUUUUUGCGCCUUAUUUUUCAUUUUGCAAGAAGAGCAAGAGGCUGAGAGGACGUGGAUGGGAUAAACAGAUGGGGUGGAAUUAGGAAACGAUUGGGUCAAAUUCGAAGCUGGGUCCUGCGUGAGCACUUGGACACGAAUAUGGUUAUGGUUGUGAUAAGGAGAAUUGCACACAUUCUGCAGUCAUGGCCUUCUUAUCUAGGGAGAAUCAGCCUUGCAACUUCCUCUUCACCGACCUGCAGAAUCAUGAAUUGCUUUGCAGCAAUUGUAAAAGCCUACUAUUUGUAUGAGAUUGUGUAAUAUUACCAUGCCAGUCGACAGGCUCUUCAGAGAUUACCUUUGCCGGUUUGUAAACAAAUUCACACGUACUGUGUCCAGGGGGGACGGGUUCUAGCCAGGAGUGGUAUUUAUGACAGUUGUGUAUAAUACAAAUACAAAUAUAACAUAGAUGUGUCCUAUUUAUAAGAUGGUAGGCUACUGUUGUUAAAUGUAUAUGGGUUAAGAUUAGACCUAGACUGACUAAAAGAGGACUUCCAUGGAGAUUUACAUUUUUUCAUCUAUAACUAGGCUUAAUCCAUGUAAGGAAAACUGCCCUUAUAGGUUUAAGUGGCAAACUAAUUAAGUACCCAUAUUUUAGGCAGCCAGCCAGUUUAGAGAUAUACAUUUCGAAGCUGCUGAGAGAAUUCAGUUGCAUACUUUAAUGCAUGACUAUUUCUAGACAAUGUAGAUUAAAUCUUUUUCAGUGAAGUUAUAUGAAGUUUAUUCUAAAUAAAGUUAGGGUAGUCUAAUACAGGGGUCAUACUGAACCUGAAAAUGAACCCUGUGCCAUUUGCAUUCUCUGAAGUAGUGGCCAAGUUCACUAUCCUGUGUUUUCUGGCAAGUGUGAUCACUUGAUCUUUUCUUUUGCAUCACUUGACAACAUAGUCUGACUCAAACGUAACUCCAUGUUCACCAGCUACAGUAGCUAGUUGACAAAUAAACCAUCUAAGCAGCA